AUAUCCCAAAGUUCAAGUCAGCCCUAGUAGUUUGCCCUUUUCCCUCUCUCUCUCUCUCUCUCUCUCUCUCAUCCUCUUUCUCUCUCUACUCAACCUGGAGUGGCAGAGUCGCGGUCGUUCACCAAUGUCGUCGCGUCGGGAGGGUCGGGAUUCUGACUCGAAACGGCACCGUUCUAGGUUCGAUAGGGAGCCAAGUCCCAAGAGGUCUAGGAGGGAUGGAAAACCAGCACCAGAGAGAGUACCCAGCCGUAAUAAUAGUUUGGAUAGUAGGAACCAAACGGACCAAGACCAAAAGCAUGGUCGCCGCGCGCAAGAUGGUGGGUUGCCGCUUGAAACCCCAUUAGCGACUGAUUCAAAGCUAGAAAGAGGGGCUCCAAGCAAUGAGCCCGACAGAAAAUCCAGCGGACGACAUGAAGGGACAAAGCAUUCUUCUAAUCCAUCUGAAGCAUCCCGAUCCCGGUCAUAUUUUCAGCAUGAUGAGCGUGGUAAUUCCAUGCAAGUUGGCCGAAGCUCGGGUAGAGGUGCAACUGGUGAACGUGGAUGGUGGAGGGAUUCAAGGGAUCAGCAUAAUGAAAUGACUGAAAACAAGACAGCAACUAAUGACACGGGGAGGAGAGAUGAUAGAGCCAAAGAUGAAAAGGGCAGCUGGCGCCAUGAUGCUUUUUUUGAAAUGCAGGCUGACGAUCCGCCUGUAAGGAAAAGGCCGGCAUUUAGAGAGAAGAAGAUCAAGGUGAAAUCUGAAAAUGCUGAUGGAGCAGCAACAGAGACUGUAAAACCUGCCCAUUCUAACCGUGCCGCUGAAGGAAGUGGAAAGGAGGAAAGAGGCUACAAUGCCCACCAUUUGGAUAGAUCUGAUAAACCAUUUGCAGGAGACAGGGCACCAAACAGAAGGGAGCCACAGAGAGAUGCCUUUUCUUCUAGAGAAAGGUAUCGUGGUGGUGGCAGUGGUGAUAGAAACUAUAGGGGAAGAGAUAGAUUCAGUGGAAGGUCUGGAUUCCAUUCUAGUGGCACUCAUGUCGAGAAAUGGAAGCACGAUUUAUAUCACGAGGCAAAUAGGAGUCCGACCCCCAAAAAUGAAGAGGACCAAAUAGCAAAGGUGGAAGCACUUUUGGCUUCAUAGUCCGCUAUGAAAUCGGGUAGAGCUUUCGUUUUGGGUCAGUGUAUGAGGUACCUUUUGUUUCAUUUGUGGUUUGUGUUGAAACGCGCUCACAAGCAUUACCGCUUUCCAGUACAAAUACACAAUGUCUAUUUAAUUGCUUUUGUUACAGAUCUUGCUUGUUUGGCAUGCUGGUUUAAUGGAUAAAAUGUUGUCAAAUUGUCAAGAAAUGACUGCUUGUUACAUCCAUAAUUUGAUUCCAAGACUGUUAA